AUGCAGGCUGCUCCACCGGGAUCAAGGUUUUACCGCUCGCACUGCUUCGUCUGCGGCGACAAGGGAAGCGAUCUUCUACCACUCAUUCGCCUCCCCUGCGGCUAUCACGUUGUAUGCCGAGAUCCAGAUUCACAAUGCCUGGCGCACACGUUCCGAGUUGCCACGCAUGACGAGGGCAUGUUUCCUGCCAAAUGUUGCAAGGAGAUUCCUCUGAUCGACGAAUAUCGCCCUCUCAUGCCCGAGAAACUCUUUGCUAAGUACGAGAGCAGGGAAAGGGAAUGGCGCGUUCCGCCAAAGUCGCGGACCUAUUGUUCCAACGCGAAGUGUGCUGUCUUCAUCCACCCGGACAAACAACAUGACGUAGCGGGCCAGAAGAUUGUACGCUGCGGAGACUGUAGCACCAGUACGUGUGUCAAGUGUCGCGUGAAUCUCCACCAUGGACGCGAUUGCGGCAAACCUAACUGUGGCAGGUGCGCAAGCAAACUCACAGUCGCGAUCAGGGCUCACGAGUGCAAGGUCUCCAAGGAGGAGCGCAAGUUCAAGGAGGAAAUCAAGGCAGGAAACCUCCAAGAGUGCCCUUGGUGCGGCCGCAAGAUUGAGCUCACGAAGGAUUGCAACCGCAUGUUCUGCCCCUGCAGGACGGUCUUCUGUUACAUUUGUGGCAAGGAGUGGAAGGGUGUGCAUGGAUGCCCUACCCAGGGAAAGGCGAUCUACGACAAGGACGGCUACAAUCAGCGUGGUUAUCACCGAGACACUGGACUUGACAGGAACGGAAACGAAUACAGGAGCAUGCGACAUGGCCUUGACGACUUUGAUGCAUUUGAUGAGGACGAAGUCAUGGACGAAAUAAAUGGGCUUAUGGAGGAGUAAGCGUUGUAGGCAAAGUCUCAAUGAUCGGUUGAUUGACAG